AGUAAUUACCGUGUGAUGGAAGUAAGUAAAAAAAAAAAAAGAAAAAUAAAUAAAUAAAAUAAAAUAAAAAGCUGAUGAAAGCUAAAAACUGUCAAGGCUUUUACAACAAUGCGACAGUAAUUUAUUUCUACAAUAAACAAACAAUUGCUGACAGUAGUUAAAUUAUUCACCAACUAAUAUAAAGGAUAAGGAUACAGAAAAAGUGUUUUGGUAUUCAUAUGUUGCAAUGAAUCUCUGGUACGUAAUUUAUGGGGCCGCUAGAAAAUUGGGAUUAUCGCAAUCCGCCCCGCACGGGCUUUCUUUAUCAACUGAUUGAUGAUCAAUGGCUUUAUUUGAGAAAAAACACACAAAUAAAGUGUUAUUAGAUGAUACAGAAACAUUGACGAGCGUAAUUGAAAAUGCAAGAACUAUUGAUGGUCAUACGGAAUACGUAAUCAGAACGCAGAGAGGUCCUUUACCCGAAAAAUCCUGGCGUGUUAGCAGACGAUACAAUGAUUUUGUCCAACUCAAUGGAGUACUUUCUGCAUCGGGCUUGGACCUGCCUUUGCCACCAAAAAAAAUUAUUGGUAAUAUGGAUGUAGAAUUCAUAUCACAACGACAAAUCGCCUUGCAAAAUUACUUGAACGUCGUACUAAUGAAUCCUAUAUUAGCUUCGUCGUUGCCUAUGAAGCAUUUCCUUGAUCCCAAUAAUUAUGCCAUUCCACUACAUGAAAUAGCAUUGCAACAAGUGUCUUUAGCACUGAGAAGUGAUGCUAAUUUUGAAAUCGGAAAGCCGAUAGCGGAUAUGGGAUGGAGAUUAAGGAAACACUAUUACACUGUUAAAAAUCGACAGAAUGUGAAGCAGGAACUGCUUCUAGCUUGGGUGGAAUUCGGACCUGACAAGCACUUACACGACAGAGACAUUCACGGAGUAUUCAAAAGUCUCGUAACUUUGAAGCAUCAUUGCAUCGAGAGUAUAGUUCAUCAGCACGUGUCAGAAAACGGUGCUCUGACAAUCAGAAAUUUUUAUAGCAACGGUACCCUGCGCGAUGUUCUCUGCAAUUCGAAACCAAAGCAACCGUUCAUCAAAAAAUACGGUAAUCCAAAGCAGCCAAAGUCACUGACAACAUCGGAAAUUGCGACGUACGCGUACCAGAUUCUUGAGGCAUUGAGUUAUCUCGCAGAAAAGGGACUGCCUUACGGACAUUUACACACCGGAAAUGUUCUUAUCACACCAACAGGAGCUAAAUUACUAGAUAUAGAAAAUGGAUUGUUAGGUUUACCAGCAUUUUAUCGUCCUUAUGUUGUUCAACGGCGAAAACUCCAUGCUACCACUCAAGUUGACGUCUAUUCCUUCGGUCAUGUCUUGUAUGAAAUGGCUUUUGGUAGACCGCUUUUGGAGGCGACUUGCACUGACAUUCCCUGCUGUGAUGUUCACCUGAAAAAUCUUUUGGAAGUGAUACUUUCGCCUGAAGCACUGAAACAAGAUCUUCCAACUAUUCCUCGACUUAUAGAGCAUCCGUUUUUUGAGAAUCCUAGACGUGCUUCUGCGUUAUCAGCAGGUAGUAUUGAAAAGCCGCACUUUAAAUUAAGUAGUCAUCUUAAAGAUGCUCUGUUGGAAGCAGCCAAUAAGGCGGAGCAAAGACUGAGAGAUGAACAGAAAGUUGUAAGGCAUCAAAAGAGACUUGUGAAGGUUCAGGAAUUGAUGAGUUCAGAAGAGGAGAUGAAAAAACGAAAACAAAAAUUGAAAAAAGAAACUAAGUUGGCUCAAGAGCAACAAUCAAGUCAACUUGCUGCUAGUGAAGUUAAACAAAUAAAUGGCAAAAGUCCAGAGAGGUCUGAUAGUCCUACGAGUACAUCCACGACAACUAGCGUUGGUACUUUUACGCCUCCGUCACAUGGUUUUACGAAAAUAUCAAGCAACGCAACGUCCGUAAAAAAUAAUGAAAAAAAUAAUGUGCCAUUCACGGAAGCAUCUAGUGGUGCUGUAGAUACACCAAGUUCAGGUGCGAAUGAUCGGUCUGCCUUAUUAGGCAGUAUAUGUAACUUUAACAAAGCUAAAUUACGCAAAAUUACUAAUGGAAAUAAUUAGCAUUUUCAU